AUGUCUUCUUUUUUCCGUCGUGAGUUGCUCUAUGCAGCAAUUGUUUGUCUAACACCUUUAGGUUUCGGAUAUACCAUUGGCUACCCGUCACCUGCUGAAUAUUACUGGACUAUUACGAAUCCUUGGUCAAAAUGGCCAAAACAAUCGGGCCUUUUUGUUGCUAUAACUCAACUGACAGGUGCAAUCGGUCCUUACAUUCCGUCAAUUUUAUUUAAUUUUGGUCUUGGACGUCGCCUUGUUACAUCCCUUGUUGACAUAGUCAGCAUAAUUCUUUGGGUAAUUCUUAUUUUCUUAAAUGAAAAGUUAUUCUGGAUGGGAUUUGUCAUCCGCAUUUUACAGGGCUUCAUGCUCGGCGCUGCAUCAUCGCUUGGUCCACUUCUCCUUCUUGAAGUUGCCCCUGCCGAGCAAACUGGUCUUUACGGUACAUUCAACCAAAUCUUCAUUGUUAUUGGCAUCAUUAUUCUCUAUCUCAUUGGAGAAUAUCAACAUCCUCGCGCAAUGUGCAUCUAUUCUGCAGUUUCCCAUGCUCUCCAGCUCGGUCUCAUUUGGUUGAUCCCAGAAACUUCUAUCACCCAGCAAAACAAAGGCGGAGAUGACAAAGAAAACAAAGAGGAAGAAAAGAAGGAAUCAAUCUUCCAGAAGCAAUACCUUUGGCCACUUACAGUUCUCAUUCUUAUUAUGCUCACACAGCAAUUCUCAGGUAUCAACGCCAUUCUUGCUGGCCUCUUCAAGAAUGCUAACAUCAACGGUCUUAAGCCAGGUAUCCAGUCAGUCAUUGCCACACUUGCACAACUCAUUGCCUGUUUCUUCUCAGGUGGCCUCAUCAAAGUACUUGGCCGCCGCGUAAUGUGGUCCAUUUCAGGUAUAGUAUGUGCUGCUUCUCUUAUUAUUUUCGGCUUCAAUUCUAAGUACCACUGGUCAAAUGUUCUUCCUGUUGUACUUAUCUUCCUUUACCAGUUCGGAUUCGGUCUUGGUCUUGCACCAAUGCCAUGGUACUCCUCUCCAGAAAUGUUCCCACCUUCUGUCCGCCCAUUGGCUUCUUCCAUCAAUGGCAUGACUUCAUGGCUCUUCUCAUUCAUCAUCGUUUACGCAUCUCCUGCCAUGAAAGAUUCAAAGAUGGGUGAGCUCGGCCUCUUCCUCUUCUAUGGUAUCAUCACAAUCGCUGGUACUAUCUUCGGAUUCUGGUUUAUCAAGGAACCAAAUGUCAACGAAAAUGAGACCCUUGAUAACGACGGAGACAAGCCACAGAGCGAACUUUAA